AUGCACGCCAACGCCGUGCGCAUUGAGGGAGAGGACAUCUACCGGUUGGAAACCGCUGCACUAAUAGCCCACUCUAUGGGACUAAAGGUGUUCUUUAAUCCGUGGAAGAUGAAUGAGGGCGUCGACGGGACGCGCGCCUACUAUGAGGAGGCCGCGGAGGCGGCUGAAAAACUGCGAAUCAAAGGCAUUGAUACAGUCUUUAUUGCCGGCUGUGAAUACACGAUCUUCAACAAGGGAGUUUUUCCUGGCGAGUCAUUCAAUGAGCGUGCAAUGUUCCUCGGCUCUCAGUUCUCUAGCGGCCACAUGUCGAAAGAUAUUCCGCAGGCUUUACGUGACAAGUCUGUGGUACCGAAUCAUGUCUUGCAAUCUUUUAUUGAGGUUAUUCGGGCCCAGUCUAGGGGACCAGUCACGUACUCGGCUGGCUCCUGGGAAGUUGUGAACUGGGACAUUUUCGACAUCGUUGGUAUAGACUACUAUCGGCGAGGUGAGACCGCAGAGGAAUACAUUUCGGGCCUUGAACGUUAUCGGCUCAACAAGCCUCUCGCAGUUCUUGAAGUCGGCUGCUGCGCCUACGAGGGAGCAGCCAGGCGAGGAGAUGGUGGCUUCAUACUUCUAAAAGGCACAAACCAGGACGGAAGCGGCGUGUUCGAAGGCGACAUUGUCCCGACGCGGAGUGAGGAGGAGCAAGCUGACUAUGUAUGGACACAGCUCAAUCUUCUCGCUAAAGCGAAUGUCCACGGGGUCUUCAUCUAUGUGUUUUCAUUUCCCUGUAUGCGGAGUGGAGAAGGUGCCAGAGACCUUGACAUAAUGUGCUUCUCGUUGGUCAAAUACUUCCCCGAGCAGGACCCGAGAUCAAAGGCUAUGCCUCCAUGGGCGCCCAAGAAAUCUUUCCACCGGGUCGCCGAAUUCUUCCGCUCCUUACAGCUACAGGGCCCUGCUGCAUGUUAACUGUGUCAGUCUCAAAGCAUCUAAUGGAAAUUCCAUGUGUGCCACGGAACCAGGUUUUAGGGCAGUGUAAACAGUGAAAUGUAAAAGGUCUUAUGGUUUAAUUCGCGGCCUCCUUAUGAACAAAACAACGUUAUCCUUUAUACAGGAUUAAACAUGAUGUCGUUGAUAGACCUCCUGCAACAGCCUUCUGGCAAAAAUAUGGGUGGCGGAAUUGUUGCGGCAGGCGGCAAUAGUAGCACGUACAUGUUGUGAACCAGAGCCCACUGACCCGCACUCAAUUCCCGGACUAGCAUUUUGGCGGUGCGGCUGAGAG